CGUUCGAUAUAUUUGGUUUGGGCACCAGACUUGGGUGUUGCAUUUGAAUCUAGACCAUAAUGGAUGGAGACGGAUAUGACGAUCCAGAAAUUCGUGCUACUGUCGACAACGACGAGUCAGAUGCAUGUCUCUAUUUGAAUGAGAUGACCCAAGAUGUGAUCGAAUGGGACGAAAGCAACAACAAGGAUUUGGAUCAAAUGUUCAAGUCUCCCAUGCCGCCCAGCAGUGGAAGGAAAGGCGCUAGGAGCAGCACAAGGAAACGAAGCAACAGCACGUCUAGUACGAAAUGCAACAAGAACGCAAACAAGAGGAGUACUCCUUCGUCGAAAGCGACGACCAAUUCCCCCCUGUUUUUGGGUGUAGGACGACAACUCGAUCCUUCUUUCCUAAGCACAGUCAAUACUGAUGGAAAUAGAGCAGAAAAAUGCGCAGAGCGAGAAAUCGAUGGGACCAUAAACUCUCUCAAAAUGAAAACUGACUCGAAACCACUUGUGAACGCGGACACAAAAAGAACUAUCCACUUGUCAUCCAUGUUUUCAGAUCCUCUCGGAACAACACCAAUACGACAGGGGAGCAAACGACCGGCAAAAACAACACUCAAUAGACACCACACAUAUCCAAAAACGAAGUCUUCCGCUACCUCUCUGGCCCAACGUCACCGACGUCGACGGACGGAUUAUUCACGAGCGCAGAAGGAGCAUACAAACAGUGCCGACGCACUCCUGCCAUCGGCUUCCAUGGCUGAUUCUGCCUUGUCACAACCAAAUAAUGCGCUUACAAUAUGCAAACAUUCAGGUCCAACAUCCAGGGAUGGAAGGAAUACACAAAAUGUUUUAGUACCCAAAGAGGCAACUGCACCGGACGAUUUUGCGGAGCUUCUCGAAGCAAUCCGAACGCCCCAUUCGCCCAAUGAAUCAAGGCCGCUUGGACGUUUACCUCUUUCUUCGGUAGACGAAAAUGCAAUCGCUAUUCGCACGACAACUGUGAAUAGUAUAGAGAGGAAAGACACGGAUUCGUGUUCCACUGAAGAUCAAACGAAGGGUUCUUUGAUCGAUUCUGUCGAUACKUCAUCCGAGGUAGUACACAGGCCACAAUCGGCGCUUUCGAAGCAAGAACCUUCCGCCAAUAUAAUACCGCAACUACGACACURUAGUCAAUUUGAACAUAAAAAGACGCAACCAAAAAUAUAUUCUGGAAUCUCAAAUCAACACGAGUCGCCCAUGGUUCUUCAAGUAGAAGCAAGCCAUUCGCGGCCUGUAAAUCGCAUUUCGUGUCCAGAAAGAAGGGGAAACGACGGUGUAAGGGACGCAGGAAAGAUGAAUGGUAGCGUUGACAUAUGCAAACACAACAAACUGGAAGAGUUUGACAAUAUUGAUUUUUCUGAAGAUGACCUAGCGAAAAUCGAUUCCCUGACACAACCAGCGCUAGGGCAAAACAAUAAGCAGAUGUUGCAAGUGCAAUCAUCAGAAAGAAAGAAUUCCGUGGAAAAUAUGACGAAAAGGUUUAAUACGAACGAGAAUGCGCCCGCAUUGCAAGGAAAUACAUUGGAUACAAGCACGAAAGCCAAACCAUUUGAUUCGCACACCACGAAGCGUGAUGUUGAUGAAUUUGGUGACUUUCCAUCCGAUAUCGACUUUGCCCAAAUUGAUGCUAUGGUUUCUUCUCAAGCAUGCAGAUCAAGAACAGAAAAGAAUACAUCUCUUGCAAAGGCCUCGCCACAAGCGUGGGAAGCAUCGUCUACCGAAAUUCUUGCGUCUUCGGCGACUCAUAUGUUGACAUCGAGGUGCGAAAAAACACAACUUGUUACCUCUUCCAACAUGAUUCAAUUACCGAAACAGAAUUCGACACCCGAAGAGGAAGACGAAUUUGGUGAUUUUCCUACCGAUAUCGAUUUUUCUGAGAUGGAUGCUUUAGUUGCUACUCAGUGUUGCAACAUAAAACAUGAUGAUUCGAAAUCAUYUGUACGCUCUUCUAUCUCAACAAAGCAUUCAAACGAAUGGAAAAAUGAUCCGUCAAAAUCACAGAAUCUGACUUCGACAAAAACAGAGGAUGACGACUACGGUGACUUUCCAGAGGAUAUCGACUUUGACUCCCUUGAUCAGGCUGUCACUCAAAAAAUGCUCUCGAAACCCGAAGCAUCGGUGGACCCUACGGGUAUUGUUCGCAACCGGAGAAGAAGCGGUAUCAGACCUCGAGAAAUGUCGUUCAUGAAAUUUUCAAGGUAUAAAGUCUUGGCCGUUGAAAACGAUCAAAAAAAUUGUAUAAAAAUACUGAAAGUUGCUGGAUGGGUAGAGUCAAUGAUGAAGAUACAUGAGGAAGAAAAGAAGAUUCACAGAGAUGGCAAGGUCAAAAGAUCGGAUGACUAUGUUCUCGACGAAGACAAUAGUUGUUCAUUUAGCCUCCCUCAAGAUAUUGAGUACCCCGAAGAUGGAAUGAUAUACCUCUGCGGAGAAUGGACCUUCACUCCAGUCUCGCCAGGUGAUUUUAUUCAUGUAUGUUCACUGACAGGCCAGUUCGAAACUGAUACUGCAGCUCUUCCCAUUGUCCUCAACUCUUACCCUCCGCCGGGAUCUGACAUUGAUGACCUGAUUCUGGUGUUACACCCAGAUAUGCUUUUAUCACCGAGUAUAAUCAGCGAAGCUUCCUCUUGUAACCGACGGGCUGCUUUGAAAUCUAAAUUGGGUUCGACCGGAUUGUCAUCGAAGUCAGCUGUUGUUGGUACGAUGAGGCACGGACUGUUCGAAGGAUGUAUGAAGGCAGCAGAAUUCAGUCCAUCAUUUGCACAAAAAGUGAUGAAGAAGUUGAUUAGAGAAAAAGCAGAGAUGCUGAUCGGCUGCAAUGUUUCCGAAUCCGAGGCUGAAGUCGAAAUUCUUAAYAUACUUCCAAUGAUUCAACAUUUCGCAGGGCAAUAUACAACGUUGAGAAAGGAUGUAAUGGUGCUAUCUUCUCUCGGAAAGCCUGUAGGGGGUGCAGCCUGUCAUCCAGACAUUCGUUUAUUAGGUACAAGAGUCCAUUCCGUAGAAGAGAACAUUGUAUCAGCAGCAAUAGGACUCAAAGGAUCAAUUGAUGCUGUUCUCGAAACCCAAUCCGAAAUAAUAGGUCGCAAACAGCAAAGCGCAUCAUCGCCAACCGUGGUUGCUGCUCCACAGCAUUCGUUGAUGUGCUUUGAGUUAAAAACAGGCCACAAUCAGAAUAUUCAAAAUGUGCAUAUGGCUCAACUUUCUCUUUACACUUUUAUGCUUCAGAGCCGAUAUGGUGCAGAUAUUAAACUCGAUAACAAUAAAAUGAUUGGGUCACAAUCCGAAACAAAGUUUGGAGUUAGAGGGGCUGCCCCAGGCGGUAUUYUGUUAUACCUUAACGAAAAGUCACAGCAGAUUUCUCAUGUUUCGCCCCAGCUAAAUGAGGUAAAAACCUUGAUGACUCAAAGAAAUGUCGUGGCAAGUGAUUCCAAGCGUUCAUCACGCCUUAGAGGAAUUGCCCUUUCCUAUGACGAGGGACACCGAGAGGAUGACAAAAAGUAUCUGAAGGCGAAACUGCUUCCUGCUCCGCCCGCUGAUCUGCCGGAAUUAAAAGCUAGUUCACACCCCUGCAAACGGUGCUUUUCUAACAGGGAGUGCAUGGUUUAUGCUGCUAGUGACCCAGCGACUGAUACAGGAAGGCAUCACGAAUUAUUGUCACAGUUUACUGGACAUUUAAAAGAAGAAGAUCUAACAUACUUUCGGAAAUGGGAUAGGUUAAUUGAUAUCGAAGCAGACGCAUCCAACCCAAAGAUAGUGGCACCAUGGCUUGUAGAUUCGCGCAUUCGAGAAAUUGAAAAUGGUGAAUCAAUAUCUCGUCUUGUUUUCGAUGCAAAUACGUCUUUCAAAGUGGGAACUUCGCAUGCAUUGGUCUGUUUUCGACGAAAGCUCGAGACAUCGUCUCAAUCUCCCCUUGAAAGACUUAACAUAGCACCUGGCUCAUACGUCAUAUUGAGCACAGAUGGAAACAUUUUUGAUGACUUCAGCAGAACUACUCAUGGACCUAGGAAACAUCGGAAUCAAAUGCAUGUCACAAAGGGUUAUCUUGACCGCAUCGAGGACGACAAAGUUUUUCUAUCGAUGACCUCCGAUGAAUUGAACCAGGUAGAAAUGCUCGUGAGUCGAUAUCAAGACGAGGUGCAAAAAAAUUCCAACGGAAAUAAUUUAUCCUCGUCUGUAUUGUUCCGUCUUGACAUGAACACGCGUUCUGUGGGGACUGGAACGUUGAGGUGGAAUCUCGUCAAUUUCUUAUCUGGCGAUUAUAGCCAGAAGAAUAGAGAAGAAUGCACCGAGUUAGAGCAGAGACGACAGCGGAGGCUGGUAUGGCUUCGCGAUAUUGUCAUCAGGUUGAAAACGCCUGAAUUUGCCGAUGAAUCUGAUGCUUCUUUUUUUGAGGGCAUUGACCUUCAUAUUUCUGGAUGUAACCUACAAGAAUUGUGUAGAGAAUUUCAUCUACUCAAUGACGAUCAAAAACUGGCAGUGAAAAAAGUACUGAGUGGUAGGGAUUAUACACUUAUUCAAGGAUUGCCGGGGACUGGCAAAACUUCAAUUCUAGGGUUCUUGGCUCGUCUUCUGGUUGGACGAGGACGUCGUGUCCUUAUCACCGGUUACACUCAUUCCGCUGUGGACAACAUUAUGUUGAAGCUUAUGGAAAAAGGAAUGAAGCCUUUAAACUCAAAUCCGGGAGUAUCGUCUUUGGUUCGAAUUGGACAAAAUCGGUCAUGUCAUACAAGUGUGAAACCAAUUAUGCAUUCACAUCUAGCUCUUGAACAAGACAGAAUAUUGAAUAAUCGAAAUAGUUGCGAGGAGUUGGCUCACGACGAUGUGGAACAUCCAUCGGCAACAGCAUUGAAGACAGUAAUUACAAAUGCCCGCAUUGUGGGUGUCAGCGCUUUGUCCCUUCCUCGAUCUGCUCUUCUAGAAAAUCAGUUUUUUGAUGUUGUCAUAAUUGACGAGGCAGGCCAAAUGAAUGAGCCCACGGCACUUGGAGCCCUGGCGGCAGCUGACUCGUUUGUUCUUGUCGGAGAUCAUAAACAACUUCCUCCAUUGGUUAAUAGCGCAAUUGCAGAGAGUGGUGGAUAUGGAGUCUCCUUGCUUAAAAAGUUGGCAGAGAAGCAUCCCCAUGCAAUUGCCCCAUUGACAAUGCAAUAUCGAAUGAAUGAAGACAUUUGCAAGAUCAGCAGUGAGUCAAUGUAUGGUGGUAGGAUGAAAUGCGGWGAUGAAAAAGUGAAAUCGCAGCAACUACACCUUCCUGGUUUUCCUUCGUUACUACCGAAAUCUGUCAAACAACAACCCACGGACUGGCUACGUACAAUAAUUGAUCCAGAUCGCCCUGUCGUUUUUGUCGACACGGACAACUUGAGGACAAAAUUCUCAGAGUUUGACGGAUCCACUGAAUCAAGCAAUCGAAAAGAGAAGUAUGAAACUCUUGAAGGAAAAAUCGGGGGUAAGGGUAGUGGAAGUAUUAUCAAUAGGGCAGAAGCUACACUAGUUCGGUAUAUAGUGGGAGCGUUGCAGUCUUGUGGCCAUGAUCUCUCCGAAAUUGGAGUCAUUAGUCCAUUCCGCGCUCAAAUAAGGGUUCUGGGAGAAAAUCCUACUUUGUUGUCAUGGAAGAAGGAAGGCCUAGAAUUGAGCACAAUUGACAGGUAUCAAGGCCGCGACAAAUCUACAAUCAUCCUUUCAUUAGUACGCAGUAAUGAAAAGAACAACACCGGGCGCCUACUCCAAGAUGCGAGAAGGCUAAAUGUUGCUUUUACGCGAGCCAAGUACAAACUAAUUGUCAUAGGGUCUUAUCGAACCCUGACUCUUGGCAGCGCUCCCCUGAGACCUAUUUUGAAUCGAAUGAAUAUGAGGGAUCAACGGGUUGAACCUCCAGAAAAUGCUUUGGGAUGCUACGACAUGAACUAAAGACUUCUCAAACGUGACUUU